GCUAUUUAUUCACAUAUGUUUCUCUCUCUCUCUCUCUCCCUCUUUUUUUCCUUCUGUCUGCUCUCAGGUUCACAGUAUGCACCUGUCAAUGCACACUCUGACUCCACCUUCUGGUGUCACGUAUACCCACUCUGUAACAAUGCACUUCCACAUCUGCCUCCCGUCCUGUGUGCUGUUUGUCUGGCUCGGGUUAUGUAUGAUUUUGCUGCUGAACCUGGAAAUAACGAACUGACGGUUAAUGAAGGAGAAAUCAUCACAAUUACAAAUCCGGAUGUUGGUGGAGGAUGGCUAGAAGGAAGAAACAGCAAAGGAGAACGAGGGCUUGUUCCCACAGACUAUGUUGAAAUUUUGCCCAGUGAUGGAAAAGACCCAUUUUCUUGUGGAAAUUCAGUGGCCGACCAAGCCUUCCUCGAUUCUCUGUCAGCGAGUGCCACUCAGGCCAAUUCAUCAGCUGCCAACAGUAAUAACCAGGUGGAUAUUUUGGCUCAGAUUGGUUGUAUUGAAAGUCUCAGCCAGUCACCACCUUCUUCAUCUUCUCCUUCUCCUACCAUAAAUAAGGUCAGCAGUGGCAAUGACCCCUGGUCAGCCUGGAGUUCUUCCAAAUCUGGAAACUGGGACAGCACGGAUGGCUGGGGAGCCAAGCCAGAGGGGGCCGCGGCCCAAAGAAACACCUCCAAUAACUGGGACACUGCCUUUGGUCACCCCCAGGCCUACCAAGGACCAGCAACCGCGGGUGAUGACGAUGACUGGGACGAAGACUGGGACGACCCCAAGGCGGCCGCCCCCUACUUCAAGGAUUCAGAGUCAGCAGAGGCAGGGGCUGCUCAGCGAGGCAACAGCCGGGCUGGUUCCUCCUCUAUGAAGCUGCCACUUAACAAAUUUCCCGGAUUUGCAAAACCUGGUAUGGAACAGUAUUUGUUGGCCAAGCAACUAGCAAAACCCAAAGAGAAAAUUCCUAUCAUUGUUGGAGAUUAUGGCCCAAUGUGGGUUUAUCCUACCUCUACGUUUGACUGUGUGGUAGCAGAUCCCAGGAAAGGCUCCAAAAUGUAUGGUCUGAAGAGCUACAUUGAAUAUCAGCUAACACCUACUAACACUAAUCGAUCUGUAAACCACAGGUAUAAGCACUUUGACUGGUUAUAUGAGCGUCUCCUGGUUAAGUUUGGGUCAGCCAUUCCAAUCCCCUCUCUUCCGGAUAAGCAAGUCACAGGUCGCUUUGAAGAAGAAUUUAUCAAGAUGCGCAUGGAGAGACUUCAGGCAUGGGUGACCAGGAUGUGUCGUCACCCAGUCAUCUCAGAAAGUGAGGUUUUCCAGCAGUUUCUAAAUUUCCGAGAUGAAAAGGAAUGGAAAACUGGGAAGAGGAAGGCUGAGAAAGACGAGCUGGUAGGAGUUAUGAUCUUCUCCACCAUGGAACCAGAGGCCCCUGACUUGGACUUACUAGAAAUAGAACAGAAGUGUGAUGCCGUCGGUAAAUUCACCAAAGCCAUGGAUGAUGGUGUGAAGGAGCUACUGACCGUGGGCCAGGAGCACUGGAAACGGUGCACAGGACCACUACCCAAGGAGUAUCAGAAGAUAGGAAAGGCUCUGCAGAGCUUAGCAACAGUGUUUAGUUCCAGCGGUUAUCAAGGCGAAACGGAUCUCAAUGCUGCAAUAACAGAAGCGGGAAAGACUUACGAAGAAAUUGCCGGUCUUGUGGCAGAACAGCCAAAGAAGGAUCUCCAUUUCCUCAUGGAAUGCAAUCAUGAAUAUAAAGGUUUCCUUGGCUGCUUCCCUGAUAUUAUUGGCGCCCAUAAGGCAGCAAUAGAAAAAGUGAAAGAAAGUGACAAACUGGUGGCAACUAGUAAGAUCACCCCACAGGACAAACAGAACAUGGUGAAGCGAGUUGGUACCAUGUCUUACGCGUUGCAAGCUGAGAUGAAUCACUUCCAUAGCAACCGGAUCUAUGACUACAACAGCGUCAUCCGCCUGUACCUGGAACAGCAAGUGCAGUUCUACGAAACAAUUGCAGAGAAGCUGAGGCAGGCCCUCGGCCGCUUCCCGGUGAUGUAGGACAGAACGGCACACGAAGCGAACUCCCAAGUGUUCUUUCUGACCUGGGGCAACGCGAUGUGAUGUUUUCCCCUGUCAUCAAAAUCAAAAAGGAAGGAAAGAAAACCAAAAAGAAAUAGAGUGGCAAAAAACUGCAUCUACUUUAUUAACCAACUGAAACGCACCGGUUACUUAGGGAUAGUCUUGUUUUGUUCAUUUCCACAUCCGUUAUUAAAACGAUGGAAAUUGUCUCUAUUUUUGGAAAGUACUUAAAGUUAUCAGAAUUUUGAACAGAAAAUUAGGGGUUUCCCCCACCGAUAUUUUACAUAAAAAUGUAAUUUUUACAUCACCCACGAUCUUCUGGUUCUUACCCAAUGUCAGGUAAUUACUAAUUGCUUUCUUAAAAAUAUGAAGUAUGCCAGAAUAAAAAAUAUAUAUGUUUGUAUAUUUUUAUAACUCUUUUCAGUCCUUUGGGAUUCCUGUCUAUUUAGGAAAACCUACAUGCCUUUCACUGACAUAUUUAUGACUCGGGCGCUCAUGUCUUCGGGAGAGAGGAAGCAAAGAGGGGCUCCUGGGGCGGCCGGCCCCCUCGCGUACGGCUCGGUGGUGGCCCGUGGUCCCAUCAGAGCACGCGCCUGGGCAGAAACUGAGGAUCAGAUUGACGUGCACCCACUUCCCUCAGGACCAUUUCGAGUGUCCCCUCCUUGGGGAGGGCUCGCUCUCCUGGCGCUCCCUUCCUCAGCUUGGUUAGGGCACGGUUCUUGCCAGAAAGACUAUGUUGAGAAAGUUGGGGAUGUUUCUAAAAUCAUCUGACCCGGCUCCUCUGCUCCCAGUGGUGGAGCCGCCCUGCGGACUCCUGUGCUCGGGAGCGAGUGCUCGGGUGGGGGGUGGGGGGGAACACACCUUCUCCCCCAGAACUUUCACCUCGAAUCUGAGCCGACAGUGGCUCAGUCCGGCCGCAUGAGAAACGUGUGAGAGCGUGAUUUGCCACUUGAUUUGGACGGCAGACUAGCGGGCCAAGGGUAUUCUCUGGAAAAAAUGAAAACACAGCUUAGUAGACCUCUCCGUCCGCACCACAUCGAAAAGUCUGGGGACCCAUAAGGGUGACAACCUGAACAAUACACAGUAACCCCCGGAGCUUUUAUGUUUAAGGAGUACAGCGUGAAAGUCUCCCUGACUGCAUCCCUAAACUUCAGACAGAAUUUUUCUGAUCACUAGGACUCCAGUUAAUGGCAUAAAGCAAAACAUAAUCUUUCUCGACUGUCGGCUUUAAAUCUGAACACUCACAGACACUAUGUUCCUCCUGCAGACGAGCAUGUCUGUCCUCCACAGUUGCCUUACUGCGUUAUCUCCACUGCUUUCGUUCUCCUGACCUGAUGAUCCUAGUAUAGAAAAUGAAAGUUUUGGGCCAGCACAAAUGAAAUGAAACCAAAAAAUAAGUAGAAGAGGAGAUCAAAUGAACAUGAAUAUGAGAAUUUCUUGUUCCUUAAUAUCACGGGUUUUGUUAAUGUUUUAUAAGUAAUUUUCCCUAUUUGAUUUUUCUUUUAUAAAAUCUCAUAGAACAAUGUUUAUGAUACAGCCAUUUAAUAUAUGUACAAAUUGUAAAGAAUAUGUAUAAAUGUUUUACACAAAUGUAAGAGCAUGUAGAAGCCAACAUAUAAAUAAAUUGUUGAAAACUGUACAGUAAAUUCUGAAAGCACAUUUUCAAAACA